UUUUCUCUUUCUCUCAAUCUCAUCUUCCCUACCCUCCAUUGUUCAAAAACCCCGUCUUUUCUCCGCAAUUUCUUUUAGAAAAAAAAGAAAUACUACAUACUUUUCUUGACGCCCAAAUACCAUCUUCAUUUCCAUAUAUGGAAGGUGGUGAACUGAGUGAAGGCACUCCAGAAGAAUUAGGUGAAAACAGAUUAAAUUACUCUAGCUAUGGCUUUAUAUUUUCUGUUGGAAUUCUUAUAAUCCUCAUAGUCAUUACCUAUGCUUCUUAUUUGUACAUUCGAAUGCGAUCUCGCAACAAUUCUGCCAUAACAACAACAACAAUAACGACAGUUGAAAAUGGAAUGAUUUUUAUUCAACAAGGUCUUGAUGAAAAUACUAUACGGACCUAUCCAAAGUUAUUAUAUGCACAAGUUAAGGCUCACAAAGUAGGGGAUACUGUAUCUUCUUCUGGCUGUUCUAUUUGUUUGGCUGAUUAUAAAGAUAAAGAUAUGCUUAGGCUAUUGCCUAAUUGUGGCCAUCUUUUUCAUCUCAUUUGUAUUGACCCUUGGCUUAGGCUUCAUCCCACUUGUCCUAUUUGUAGAAAUUCUCCACUUCCUUCUCCUUUGGUUGAGGUAGUUCCUCUUUGAUUGGUUAUAUGCAACGCGCAAUGAAUACUGCAUACCAAAUAGUUAUACAAAAAAAGAAAGUGGUUCUCUUGCAACAAGGAAAAUUGAGUCCAUUAAUUACUCCUCAGUCCUCAUCAACAAAUUCAAGAAGGUAGAUGGUUUCUUUUCCUUUUCAGUUCUUUUUACUUUUAUUUUUAUUGCGUUUUUGAAUUCACCUUCCACCAAUACAAUUAUUGGGAUAACUCUGUAUACAUCAAAACUUAAACUGAUGAAAAGAAGUCAAGACAUAAACAUAGUGUAAUUUUUCUUUUUGA